CUAACGAAUGCAGAAUUAUGAACGAUUUUGCACGUAAGCAAUUAGAAAAAUAUGGCUGGAAAGAUGGUAAAGGCCUUGGAAAAGAAGAAAAUGGAAUUACAAAACCAAUUAAAACUGUUGUAAAGAAUAAUACAUAUGGACUUCAUUGAAGCAUGUUCCAAACUGUGAGAUCAAUUUCUGUAUACAGUGUCAAAGGAAUCCAUGGCCUGAGAAUGUGCCAAUAUGUUAGAACUGUCAUCACUGGAGACUUGAUGCAUGAGUGGAAUUUUCUCAGAUGUCAAAACAGUUGAUAGGUCAUGAUAAUUCAAAUAUUUUAACUUCAAGAUGGUGGUGUGAUGUUUUCAAUAAAGCUGCCCAGCAAAUUCAUGUUGUAAAUACUAAGACUGGUGUUAGUUUAUCAAGUACAAAGACUGAAGAGCCUGCUUUAAUAACUCCUGACAGAAUUCCAAAAAAAUUUGUAAAGGCUGAAACUUCUAUAAGUGAAGAAGAAAUAAUUAGCAAUUGCAGCAAACUUCCUGAUUCUGCAAGCAUUUCUGAAUCUUUUAAAUCAAAUGGUGAUGAUCUAUACAGAAAAUGCAAGGCUGCCAAAGAAAGUAAACAUGGGAAAUUUCAGAAAGCAAAGCUGAAAAGAAUUCAAAGACAAGAUGAAUAUAUGAAGCGAAAGCAAUUCAAACAUAAAAAUGCAAAAGAAAGGUAGAGAAGUACUUUCUCUCUUGUAAAUAAAAGCAGCUUGGAACAACUCAAUAAAUAUUACUGUUUGUUAAUAAAUUAUUCUUAGAUCAUCA